CCAGUUUGGGAGUAUAGUAAGCAAUGUUUCAAAUAUUUACUUAUUUUCUGUAAAAAGUUUGUGCUUAGAAUGAAUUCUGAGCUAUUCGAGAACUUUAAUACGACAAAUCAAACAUCGCCUCACUAUGAAAGGCAUCUGAACUUUGCCAAACCAUUGGCGAAGGAGCUAUGUGAAAGAAUCUCGCUGCUGGAGUCGAGUGAACGCUGUGAUUAUGCCAGCAAUAGUGAGUCGUGUCAGGAUCGGGUGUUCCUCUUGAACUACAACAGUUACUUUUACUGUGUGUGCGAUGAUAAUGCUCUAUCCCGAACUAUGUGCAUUAUAAUGCUGCUUGUCGAGAGUGCUCUGAUAUUUUGGAUGAUUUACGAAGUCACGAAUCAUUUCCUUAUACCAGCACUAACAGGAAUGUCCAAGUUGCUGAAUUUGAAUGAAUACGUUGCUGGGGUGACUGUCAUGACACUUGGCAACAAUGCACCAGAUAUUUUUGGUGGCAUUCUCGCAUUGAAUUCGGUAUCGCGUCACAAUUAUUCGGACACGAUGGCCAAGAAUCUAUUCGUGAGUACAGUUAUAUCAUCCAUAGUGAUGUGGGUAACACCCUUUGCCAUCGAUGGCACCUUCUUUCUGCGCGACGUCGGCUUCGUGCUACUCUAUGUGAGCUAUGUGGACUUUACCAUUAAGAUGUGCAAGGGAUUCGUUACAUAUAUCUGGGCCGUGUCCAUGGCACUCGUAUGUCCCAUUUACAUAAUAGUUAUCCUUAUCGAUGUGUAUCUGCAAUAUCGCAAGGAUAAACAAUGGCGGAGGGAGUCCAGAUCCACCGAGGAGAUGAAUCAGUUUGAUACGCUGAACUCGCCAUUCGAUUCGAUCAAGACGCAGACGACCAUUGAUUCUCGAUAUGCCGAUCAGUCGCCCAACAAGUUUCUAUUUAGGCAAUUCUUCAGUGUCUUCGACACUUUGGACAGGAAUAGCUUCAACAGCAAGUGGACCAUCCGUAAACUCUGGGCACUGGUUAAAGUGCCGCUCCUGUUCUGUCUGCGCUUUAUGAUACCACAAAUGAACUUCCAUGAUGUCUCAUACUCGUGGUCGAAGCUACUGUGCUGUAUCCAGAUUACCACAACGCCCAACCUAAUUAUCUUUAUGUUUCUUGCUGGCUAUGUGGACUUGUGUAUCUGGACUGUGCCGACGGUUGCAUUGUCAACUGUAUGUUUUUUACCAAUCUCAAUUUUAGCAUUUCGACAUUCCCGCACCGACGGGGUGCCCAAGUGGUAUCCUUACAUAUCGAUCAUAACAUUCAUAGUCUGUGCUUUUGUCCUCUAUGCGACGACCGCAGAGCUGAUCGCCUUGAUGGAAACUGUGGGCAUUGUACUCCGUUGCAGUCACACAUUCAUCGGGUGCACCGUCUUCACUUGGGGCUAUGGCUGGGCGGAGCUGACUGCGAAUGUGGGCAUGGCACGGAAGGGAUUUCCACGCAUGGCAUUUUCCGCUUGCUUUGGUGUCAUCAUACUCUCCAUCUUUACGUCCAUUUGCAUUCCGAUUUUGUAUAGUGUUGUUGCCUCAGAGACGGGUUAUGUUCGUAUUUCUGAGGGAACUGUUGGCGAGACGACCUCAAUUAUACUCAUUAUAUCGCUCAUUAUGUUCAUUUUAUAUGGCAUUACCACCAAUUUUAUGUUACGUCGAUCCGGUGGACUGAUGGGCAUAACUAUGUAUGUGCUGUAUCUCAUCCUCUCCAUCUCCAGUGAGUUCGAAUUUAUCCAUGCUUUCGGUACGGACCACAGACUGGAUCGUAGUCAUUUCGACGAAUACUUCUUGGUAACACUGAAUUGAGUUUCCUCGAAGCGAAGUUCACUUUGAAAUUUCAAUUGGCUUUUGCAGCGUCACAGAAAAACAUUGAAAACGAUUUCUUGAAUAAAUAACUUGGCCAGUUGCUCAUAUUUUGU